AUGUCUGGACUACAGGGUGUUGGACUGCUGCUGCUGUGGGGCAGCGCCUGCCUCUGGCUGCCCGGCCUGGCUCGGGCUCUGGUCAUCUCAGGGGAUCGUGAAGCUCUGCAGGACACAAGAGAAGCUGUCAAAUCCCUUCAGAAAAGAAGUACAAAUGAGGCCACGGUGGAGGUGUACAGCGUGAAAGUGGACUGCACGGUGACGUCUCGAUUCGCUCACACCGUCAUGACCUCCAAGGCUCUGAACAAAGCAAACUCCUCCCAGGAAAUCUUCUUCGAAAUGGAGCUGCCAAAGACGGCCUUCAUCGUCAACUUCAGCAUGGAAAUUGAUGGUGAGAUAUAUGUUGGGGAGGUGAAGGAGAAAGAGAAAGCCAAGAAACAGUAUGAGAAGGCUGUUUCCUCUGGAAAGACUGCUGGACUGGUCAAAGCUUCUGGAAGGAAGAUGGAGAAGUUUUCAGUGUCUGUCAACAUCGCAGCCAAAGGUAACGUGACCUUUAUUCUGACCUACGAGGAGCUCCUUCAGAGGAAACUGGGCCAGUAUGAGAUUCUGACUCGAGUUAAACCCAAACAACCGGUGCAGGAGUUUCAGAUUGUGACAAACAUCUAUGAGCCUCAGGGCAUUGCUUAUGUGGAUGCCCACGCAACCUUCCUCUCCAAUGAACUGCUCCCCCUGGUGGAGAAAACUGUCACCGACCACAAGGCACACAUUUCUUUCUCACCAACUAUGGAGGAUCAGAGGAGGUGUCCAGAUUGUGAUGGAACGCUCAUUGACGGAGAUUUUGUCAUCAAGUAUGAUGUGAAGCGAGCAGAGCGCCUCGGGGACGUUCAGAUGGUGAACGGAUACUUUGUGCACUUCUUUGCUCCACUGGCCCUCGUCAGAGUGCCAAAGAAUGUGGUGUUUGUGAUUGACAGGAGCGGAUCAAUGAUGGGAACAAAGAUGGCACAGACACGAGAGGCAUUGCUGGCCAUACUCAAAGAUCUCCACGAGGAGGACUACUUCGCCCUCAUCCCGUUUGAUUCAAGUAUCAAUACUUGGAGGGAAUCACUCACCAAAGCAACCAAGGAAAACGUGGCUGAAGGCAUGGAUUACGUCAGAAGGAUAAACGACAGAGGAGCAACCGAUAUCAAUAGUGCACUGUUGAGAGGCGUGAGCAUGCUGGUCAACGACAGGCAGGAGAACAAGCUUCCAGAGGGGAGCAUCGAUAUGGUUAUUUUACUGACUGAUGGAAUGCCAAAUACUGGGGAGUCCAACCUGCAAGUGAUUCAGAAGAAUGUACACUCUGCUAUUGGAGGGAACAUGUCUCUGUUCUGUCUUGGAUUUGGAAAUGAUGUGGAGUACUCCUUUCUUGAUGUGAUGAGCAAACAAAACAAGGGAGUGGCCCGCAGAAUUUUUGAGGGUUCAGAUGCAGCCAUUCAACUUCAGGGUUUCUAUGAGGAGGUGGCCAGUCCUCUACUUUCAGAGGUGGACCUGCGUUAUACUGGCAAUGCAGUAGACUCCCUGACUACCAACCACUACCCUCGGUUGUUUAACGGCUCAGAGAUUGUGGUGGCUGGUCGGCUGAUGGACAAUGACCUGAACAACUUUAUGGUGGAGGUGUUCGCCCAGGGGUUUGAGGAGGAAUUCAAGGUGAAGGGCCGGGUCAGUACUGAGGACUGGGGCGUGAUAUACCGAGAUGAGGAGUACAUCUUUGGGGAUUUCACAGAGCGUCUAUGGGCGUACCUCACCAUCCAGCAGCUACUGGAGAAGAGCAAGAGUGGUGCCCCAGACGAGAAAGCCAACGCCACAGCCAAGGCCCUGGACAUGUCUCUGCACUACAACUUUGUGACCCCACUCACCUCCAUGGUGGUCACCAAGCCUGAUACUGAGGAUGGACCAGACAGCCCUUUCAUUGCUGAUAAACUGACUGAGGAGCAAAGACAACAGGCAGAGAGAGUGUCACAUCAAUAUGUACCCCCUAUGUAUACUCACUCGCAUCAACCCACAUAUUUUGUGGAUGGAGAUCCUCAUUUCAUCAUAGAGCUCCCUGACAGAGGCGAUGCACUGUGUUUCAAUAUCAACGAGAAACCAGGAACCAUUUUAAACCUGGUCAGAGACCCAACACAAGGUAUUUUGGUCAAUGGCCAGAUCAUCGGAGACAAGAAGAUUGCUCCUGAUGGUAAAAUUAACACCUACUUUUGGCGUUUUGGCAUCGUCCACCGGCCACUGGGGGUGAGGCUGGAGGUGAGCACUCAGGACAUCUCAGUGCUCCAGGACGGCAGACAGGUCCUACUGUUGUGGUCUAAUACAACUUCUGUCAAAGGACCCAAUGUGGAUCUUGUCUUGACCAAGGAUCGCAGCCUAACAGUAACUCUAAAGGAUUCUGUCAAGUUUGUCAUCGUACUACACAAAGUUUGGGCGAAGCACCCGUACCACCAGGACUACCUGGGUUUCUACACCCUGGACAGCCACCUCCUGUCCCCUUCUGUUCACGGCCUGCUAGGUCAGUUCUACCACGGGGUUGAAUAUGAGGUGUCAGACCUGCGUCCAGGUGAAGUCCCAGAGAAACCGGACGCCACCAUGUAUGUGAAAGGACAGGAGCUCAAUGUGACCAGAGGUUGGCAGAGAGACUUCAGGAGGGAUGUGAAGAGAGGAGAAAAUGUUCCCUGCUGGUUCAUUCACAGUAAUGGAACAGGCCUCAUCGAUGGAGACACAACAGACUAUGUUGUGUCCGGCCUUUUUAAAACUGUUUAAGAAACAGGUUACACAUCCAUGUCUAACACAGAAAUAAUUAACUUAAAUUCAUAGAAUAAAUAUUCAAAUCUGCCUGUACUUACACCACGAAUGCUCUGAUAUCUUGUACCGAAGGGCAAACAGGCUUUAUUCACAGCAUUGUAUUGAUGAUUUCACAGUUCCUAUCAGUUAAGUUGCUGGAAAUAUGAAAUGGUCAGUAACACCAUUCCAAAAACAGUGAGACCAUCUGAGGGUGAGCAGAAUAACUUGUACUAAAAUAAAUGGGACUCAGAUCUUUGAGUUGGA